CUUCGUGCUAUGUAUUCAUUGAUGGUGUUUUGAAUAGUUGGACAGAAGCAAUGUCGUUUUGCAAGGGACUCUCUGCUAAAUUGGUGGAAAUAGAGACACAGGAUGAAAAUGAUUUCUUGCAGCAUCACCUUCAAAACAUGAUGCAUAGUCAUAACUACUGGAUCGGUUUAACAGACGCAAUUGUUGAAAAUGAGUGGUUAUGGAUGUCAACUCAAAAAGAAGCUCAUUUCACUAACUGGGGUCUCCUCCAGCCAGACAAUGCCCAGAACAGCGAGGACUGUGCAGAUAUGGCAUUUUUCUAUCCACAAGGCGUCUGGAAUGACGAAAAUUGUGAUGCAAAGCUACAUUUUAUUUGCGAAAAAGAGUACUCGUCCUUUUUUGUACUUCUUAGUUAUUUCUACCUUAUACAGGUUGCAAACAUUCCUUCUCACUUGUAA